AUGACUGGCUCGCACCACUCUGAUGGCCGCCGAAUCCCAAUAACAAUCAUCACCGGUUUUGCAGGCUCAGGCAAAACGACUCUCAUCCUCAACCUACUACCUCAACUGCGGACCACAAACCCAGGCUAUAAGCUCGCUUUGAUCAAAAAUGAAAUUGGAGACCUCAAUGUCGAUACCCAACUUGCUGCUUCUGCUGAGAUGACAGGAAGUCGAGAACUUCUGGGAGACUGUAUCUGCUGUACGAACGUCGGGCAGAUCGAGGAUGCACUACAUCAGCUAGAUCGCGAGUGCAGUCCAGACAGAAUCAUUGUUGAGACCUCUGGAUCAGCUGAGCCGCUAAAACUUGUUCUAGAGGUCAACAGGAUCGCAAAGCUUACGGGACGAUUUGAAUUGGAUGGUGUGAUCUCUGUCAUUGAUGCGGAGAAUUGGUCUGGCUAUUCUAAUACUUCAUAUACCGCUAAGUUGCAGGCUCAGCAGACUGACCUGAUCAUAAUCAAUAAGUGGGAGAGUCUUUCCGAGAGAGAAUUUGAUUUGUUCCUCGACAAAGUUGGUGAGCUGGACGUUGAUACGCCGCAGACGAAGAGCGAUAAGGGUUGGAUCAGUCCGGAUCUGUUAUUUGGAUUCGACUCGAAGAUGGCGAAGGCGUGGAUAGACGGACAUGCGAGCAGUACCCGUUCUCACGACCACCAUCACGAUCACGGUCAUAUGUCGGAAAUGGAGUGUCUGUCCAUCACACUCACAUCUCCGAGUCCAGGCUCGAACAUAGAUCUGGCAAAACUUGACACCUUACUCAAAUCAGCACCCAAGGACGAAGUCUAUCGCAUCAAAGCUGUGCUGUACUCUACAGCUGCUCCUAAGACCUCUGAUGGAACGGAUGUCAAUGGUACAAAGUUAAAGCGAGCGCGAUAUAUCUUGAACUGGUCUUUUGGUCGAUGGACAUGGUCGCGUGACGAGCUCAAUGAAUCAAGAGCGCCUGUACUGCGGAUGUCGAUCUUCACGGCGCAGUACGAGAGCAAUAAGUGGCUCAAGAGGAUUGAGUCUGGGCAGUACACUGCGUUUGCUGAGGCAGGAGCAGAAGUGAAACUUGAGGUCAGGCGAGUUCAAUGA